AUGGCUCCAGUUGAAUACGAUGCAAUUGUUGUUGGCGGCGGCUUCGGCGGCGUCUACACUACCUACCAACUCCGUGAACUUGGUUACAAUGUUCAUUCUUUCGAAAAGGGUUCCUUCAUCGGAGGAAUCUGGUACUGGAAUAAGUACCCUGGUGCUCGUGUCGAUUCUGAUGUUCCUGUCUACCAACUUUGGCUUGAACAGAUCUACAAGGACUGGGACUUCAAGGAACGCUUCCCUGGUUGGAAGGAACUCAACGAGUACUUUGCCCACGUUGACAAAAAAAUUCAAAUUUCUAAAAACUACUCUUUCAACACAUUUGUCAGUGCCUGCCACUUUGAUGAAAAAUCUGGAAAAUGGACUGUUACUACCAACGGUGAAGAUGCCGGCACCUUCAUUGCUAAACACCUAGUAGUGUGCACUGGCUUUGCUGCUAAAAAAUACAUCCCAGACUUCAAGGGUCUUGACAAAUACAAGGGUAUCAUGCACCACACUUGUGAGUGGCCCGGUGACGAUGUUGACUUCAAGAACAAGAAGGUCGCCGUUGUGGGUACUGGUGCAUCCGGUGUCCAGGUCAUCCAGGAAGUCGGACCCAUUGUUGAGGAUUUGACCGUAUACCAGCGUACUCCUAAUAUUGCCAUCCCCAUGCGUCAGCGUGCUGUUACCCAUGAAGAACAAGAGGCUCGUCGUGCUGACUAUGACAAGGUCUUUGCUAAGACUCUUACUGAUGGAUAUACCGCCGGCUUCGAGUUUGGAUUCGAUCCUCGAAGUGCUUUGGAAGUUACCGACGAGGAACGUGAAGCCCAUCUUGAAAAAUGCUGGGCUACUGGUGGUUUCCAUUUCUGGGUUGCUACCUUCCAAGAUGUUUGGACCAACUUGGAAGCUGAUAAGUACCAAUACGAGUUCUGGCGCCGUAAGACUCUUGAGCGUCUUACUCGUCCCGAAUUAUAUGAGAAACUGGCCCCUGCUCCCAAUGUCGACAUUGUUGAUCUUCGUCAGGAACCUAUUCUCGAGUUCACCGAGAAGGGUAUCAAGACUGCCAAUGGUGAAAAGGAAUUUGAUAUCAUUGUUCUUGCAACUGGUUUCGAUGCUGUUACUGGUGGUUUGACUCAAAUGGAUAUUCGUGGUAUUCAUGGCGAAACUCUUGCUGAUAAGUGGGAGACUGGUGGUCUUCGCACUUAUCUUGGUGUUGCCGUCAAUGACUUCCCCAACAUGUACUUUAUGUAUGGACCUCAGGGCCCCACUGCCUUUUCCAAUGGUCCCACCUGUGCCCAGAUCCAAAGCAAUUGGAUUGUCAAACUUAUUCAAUACACUGACAAGCACAAUCUUAAGUAUGUGCAACCUUCUGAGGCUGCUGAAGAAGAAUGGGCUCAAAAUGUUCUUGAUGUCAGCAAUCAGACAUUGGUUGGAUUGGCUAAGACUUCAUGGUAUAAUGGUACCAAUAUUCCUGGCAAGAAGAUCACAGGUCCUUUGAACUAUCUUGGUGGUAUUCCAAGAUAUUACCGGGAGAUCAAUGCAGAGGAAGACAAGGAUUACGAGAGCUUUAUCAAGGUCGCUGCCUAG